GUAGAUAAGGUGGGGGAAGAAAGCAAAGGCUCCAGCUAUCAGAAACAGAACAAUGGCUACCUUACCAACCAUUUCAGCUUCCCUCCUCCCAAACAGAUCUCUGACUGCAAUUCCUCCAACCCAAUAUCAACCACACUGCAAGAAUUUCAACAGAAAUGGAAACUUCCAAAAGUCCAACUCUUUCAAGAUCAGAGCUGCAAAGCUUCCUCCAGGAGUAGAAAUGCCCAAAGUAGAGCCCAAGCUUGCAGCCCCUUUCUUUGGAUUCACAAGAACUGCUGAGAUUUGGAAUUCUAGAGCUUGUAUGAUUGGCCUUAUUGGGACCUUUAUUGUAGAGUUGAUAUUUCACAAGGGAAUACUUCAGAUAAUUGGAAUAGAUGUAGGGAAAGGGCUUGAUAUUCCCCUUUGAUGUAUCUUAAGUAGGAAUUUCAUCUUACAACACGUAAUAGAGAUAUGGGUUGUUUAAUUUCAA